UAUUGCUGACAUUGGAUGGAGUCAUCCAGGGUUUUGUUCGUCCUGCUAGCAGUGGCGGUGAUGGCCACAGCCAUUACUACUGCAGCCCCAGACUUCCAUUAUGUCCACAAAACCAGCCGAUUUCUCGACGAAACCCCAACGCGCAGGCCUCCUCCCAUGACAUGUGACAAGGACCAUAAGGUUUGUGCCGCCGGUACUCUCUGUUGCGGCAAACGGUGUGUGAACCUGAUGGCGGAUAAGUUCAACUGUGGGAAGUGUGGAAAGAGUUGUGGGUACCCGGACAUAUGCUGCAAAGGAGUGUGCGUGAACCCAAAUGUGAACAACAAGCACUGUGGCCGCUGCAACAACGAGUGUGAGAAGGGAAGCUCCUGUGCUUAUGGGAUGUGCAGCUAUGGUUAAGUGGAGUAACUCAUCCCUUUAUACUGGAAGAAGAAAAGAUAUUUUAUAUGAAGUUAUAAUAAAAUAAGUGAUCUGCUUGGUAACUAGGGUUCUGGAUUAUAUAUAUAUAUAUGUUGGGAAAUAAAGGCAAAUGAUUGCCCUAUCUGUGCCCAUAAGAAUUGUGGUUGUUCUAUAUCAAUAUUUAAUUGACUUAUAAUUAGUUUAUGCAAUGUUUGUGCCCAUUGAAGGUUAAUGA